AUGGCAGAGAAUGAUGGGAGACCAGUGAUUGAGGCCACAAGGCCUAGUCUCGCGAACAUAACUCGGGCUAUCGUGAAGCCUGGCAUAACUAAGAACUUCGAGCUGAAACAGCACGUGGUGCAGUUGAUUCAAUCCACAGGGACUGAUUUGAGAAAUUUGGAGAGGCAAUUCGAGCAAGUAGCCUCCAAUCAGAAUGUUAAACCUGCUAGAGUGUUCCCAAUAAAAGAAGCCGAAAAGAAGGAUGAUAAACAAAGGCAAGAGAUAAAUGCAAGGUUGCCACCACCUUUUCCACAAAGACUACAGAAACAGAAAGAUGAAGCAAAGUAUAGAAAGUUCAUAGAUAUUUUGAGCCACGUACAUGUGAAUCUACCUUUGGUGGAAGUGUUGCAAGAAGUGCCCAAAUAUGCAAAGUAUCUUAGAGAUAUUGUGGCUAACAUGAGAAGAAAUGCCAAGUUUGAAAGAGUUGCACUUACGGAGUGCAGUGCUAGAGUGCAAAGUAAGCUCCUGCCAAAGUUGAAGGAUCUUAGAUGUUUUACAAUUCCAUUGGCCAAUGAGAAACAUGAUAUUGGUAGAGCCUUAUGUGAUUUAGGGGCAAGUGUUAAUUUGAUGCCUUUAUCUAUUUUCAAGCAGCUCGAAUUGGGAGUGCCUAGGCCUACAACGAUCACUUUACAGCUAGCGGAUAGGUCGUUGGCAGUGCUAGAGGGGAUUAUUGAAUAUGUUCUCGUACGAGUGGGGAAGUCCAUCUUUCCCGCAAACUUCAUUAUAUUUGACUACAUGGCAGAUGAAGAAGUGCCUGUUAUUUUAGGGGUACCAUUCUUGGCUACUGGUGGAGAAACUAUAUACGUGAGGGAAGGAAAGAUGAAGAUGAGAGUACAUGAUGAGGAAGUCACUUUUAAUGUGUACAAGGCACUAAAACUUCCCAAGCAUUAUGAGGAUUUAUGA